UCAACAAAUUAAAAAAAGAACAGAAAUUCAUAAUUACCCUAAGAAAUCUGUUAUUGAAUAUUCAGAAACUGGGCGAAGUUAUACUUAUAAUAUUAUUAAAGAAGGUCAAUAUCCGCCUGCUAUUUAUCUUAAAUAUACACAGCGCAAAAAUGGAUUUCGAAUUCCUGAUGAUUAUGAAGUUGAGUCAAGUUGGGAAAAGUCUAAUACAAAACAUUUAGUUAAAUGUAUUAUCGAAUAUAUAGACAAGAACCCUAUUUAUUAUAUAUAUUACGGACACAAGUAUCAAUUCUAUGUAAAAUCUGAAAAAUCAUGUUCAGAUGCGGCAAAUUUAUAUUCUAAGGCUUUAAAUCCAAUGACAAAAACUCGUUAUUCAGGUCCACAAAUAUUUGGUCUUCAAUUAGAAAUACUUCAACAAAUAAGAGAUAAUAAAAGACAAAUAACAGUCUUAAAAUCAUUUGAUAAUUUAACCUCAACUGGACAAAAUAAUCGAGCUAAAAAAAUUGCAAGCUCUAUACAUACAGUAUUUGAUCAAGUAGCAAAUAAGAAUUGUCAUCCGGAAGAUGAAUCUAUACUAAAAUCAAUUGAAUUUGAUAUUAAUAAUAAAUCAUUUUACUUUGAUGUUAAUGAAAAGAGUAAUGAUGACAAUAAAUAUAAAGCAAGAGCAGCUGUUAAAGCUUGUGAUAAAAGCCAAAUUACACGUGAAGGGUAUCGUACUUUAGCUUCAAUUAGCUUUGAUUUGCCACGUGAAUGGAAAGUAUCAUUAGAAAGAAAAGAUAUUACUGAUGAAAUAAAUAAAGCUAUACCUAUUUCAACUAUUAAUUUAGUAUCAUCAUUAUUAGAUGACUCUAUAAAUUCUGAAAUUCAUAUUAAUGAUACAGAAAUAAUUAAUAAUAUGCAAUUAGUAAUUGGAAAAGGUGGAAGACGAACAUUUGAUUUUGAAAAGAAUUAG